AUGGUUUGACACUUUUAUUAGUGGGUGGUGGGCGUAUGGAAAAUAAAAAAAAUAAUUGAGAUAAGAGACUGCAGAAUUUAGCCACUGAAUAUAUUGUAUAAAAUGGCUCAGGCAAUGCCAAACCAGCCCAAAUUUCUGCCUCGCAUAGAGCGCAUGGUGACAACAGCCAACUCGUUUGUCGCGACUGCAUCCGGCAAUCCCUUCGAUGUGGAGGAGGAAGAUGAGAUAUUUAGUAAACAGAAAAUGGUACUCCGGGUGCCGAGCGACUGCACUGGUGACCUGAUGCACCUGACUGUCUCAAAGAAUUGGCUCGUUUGCUUGCUGGGCUCACCGGAACGUACAACCCUAUUGCGUUUCUUUCUUCCGCGGGCGAUUCCACCGGGCGAAGUGGCGCUGGAGCGAUAUCUUUCGGGGUCUGGCUACAAGAUUACAAAGAUCUUUCUGGACCACACCGGGCAUCAUCUGGUCAUCUCCGUGGUCCCGAAGUCAACGUCCGCGGGCGUCUCCGCCGACUUUCUGUACAUUAACAGCACCGAAUCGUCCACAGCGCAGCAGUUGAAGGUGCGUCGGAUAGAAAAGUUCAAGGACCAUGAAAUCACAGCUGUGGCAUUCAACCCGUACUAUGGCAAUGAGUCGACGACAGGCCCCAUUCUACUGGGCACCAGUCGAGGCCUCGUCUUCGAGACGGAACUCAGCCCCACCAGCGACAGUCACACGCAGCGCAAGCAGCUGUACGACUUGGGCCUGGGACGCCCCAAGUAUCCAAUCACCGGACUGAAAUUGCUGCGGGUGCCCAAUAGCAGUCGGUACAUUGUUGUGGUCACCAGUCCGGAAUGCAUCUACACAUUCCAGGAGACACUCAAGCCAGAAGAACGCACCCUCCAGCCCAUAUUCGCGGGGUAUGUUAAUGGUGUGCAGGAGCCACACUGCGAGGAGCGAAAGACCGACUUGACCUACUCCCAGCUACGAUUCUUUGCCCCGCCCAAUAGUAAAUACCCCAAACAGUGGGCGUGGCUGUGCGGUGCAGGCAUACGCGUGGGUGAGUUUUCUAUCGAAGCGAAUGGCAGUGCAACUCUGCUGGGCGACACCCUAAUUAGCCUGGACUUUGAGAAGGCGAAGCACUUGUCGUACGAGGAGCGUCGCCUGAAUGUGCCCAAGGCAUUCGUCCUCACCGAGUACCAUGCCGUGCUCCUCUAUGCGGAUCAUAUACGUGCCGUUUGCCUGCUGAACCAGGAGGUGGUCUAUCAGGAGCCAUUGGACGAGGCCCGAGUUGGCAAGCCGCUGAAUAUCGAGCGGGAUGACAUCACCGGAUCCAUCUAUGUGUACACCGUGAAGGCGGUGUUCAACUUGAGGAUCACGCGCGAGGAGCGAAAUGUGUGGCGCAUUUACCUGGACAGGGGCCAAUACGAACUCGCCACGGCCCACGCAGCGGAGGUGCCCGAGCAUCUGGACUUGGUACUCGUGCAGCGUGCAGACGCCGCUUUCACCGAGGGCUCCUAUGAGGUGGCAGCAGACUAUUAUGCGGAGACGGGCAAGUCCUUCGAGGAGGUUUGUCUGAAGUUUAUGGUGCUGCCGGACAAGCGGCCAAUCAUCAACUACGUGAAGAAGCGGCUCAGCCGCCUGACCACAAUGCCCGCUGACAUGGAGGUCAUGGAGGAGGAGCAUGCGACUGCCAUCAAAGCGCUGGUGGUGUGGCUCAUAGAUCUUUACCUCAUUCAAAUAAACAUGCCCGACCAAAACGAAGACUGGCGCCAGGCGUGGCAGACCGAAUACGAUGAGUUUAUGCAAGAGCCGCCCAUCCUGGCGUGCACAACACUCCAUAGCGCAACGGUGCAGCAGCUAAUUGCCGAGCAUGCGGAUCCCCACAAUAUGGCCCAGUUCGCUAUCGCCAUUGGCGACUACCAGGAAGUGGUAGAGCAGCAGCUAAAGGCCGAACGCUUUGCCGAGGCAUUGCAGACACUCGGCAAGCAGCGCGACAUGCAGCUCUACUACAAGUACGCGCCAGUGCUCAUGGAAAAACUGCCCAAGCCCACAAUCGAUGUGCUCAUUGCCCAGGGCGCCAACUUGGAGGUGGAGAAGCUGGUGCCCACACUCAUAGUCAUAGAUACGCGCGAACAGAGGGAGCAGACGAUUCGCUAUCUGGAAUUUGCCAUCUACAAGCUGAAUACCACCAACGAUGCCAUCCACAAUUUCCUCCUGCAUCUGUACGCACAGUACGAGCCGAAAUUGCUCAUGAAGUACCUGGAAAUUCAGGGUCGGGACGAAAGUCUGGUGCACUAUGACAUCCACUAUGCGCUCAAGGUGUGCACAGAUCUCGAUGUGAAGGAGGCAUGCGUCUUCCUGCAGUGCAUACUUCGCAUGUGGAUCUCUGCCGUGGAUCUGGCACUAAAAUUCGACAUGAAGCUGGCCAAGGAGACGGCCUCGAGACCCACAGAUAGUAGAAUGCGCCGCAAAGUAUGGCUGCGAAUAGCUUAUCAUGAUAUCAAGGGAACAAACGAUGUGAAGAAGGCCCUCAAUCUGCUUAAGGAGUGCGAGCUGCUGCGCAUCGAGGAUCUCUUGCCAUUCUUUUCUGACUUUGAGAAAAUAGAUAACUUUAAGGAGGCAAUUUGCGAUGCCUUAAAGGACUAUAACCAGCGUAUCCAAGAGCUGCAGCGUGAAAUGGCCGAGACGCAGGAGCAGUCGGAUCGCGUAGGCAAGGAGCUGCAACAACUGCGUGAGCAUAGAAUCUGCAUAGAUGCGCAGGACACGUGCUCCAUAUGCGAAAUAAUGCUGCCCAUAAGGCCAUUCUUUGCGUUCAUCUGCGGGCACAAAUUCCACAGUGAUUGCCUUGAGAAGCAGGUGAUGCCCUUGCUCAACAAGGAACGCAGUCGGCGAUUGGGCAUAUUGAAGCAGCAGCUGGAGGCAGAAAUGCAGACGCAAUCGCAAACGCAAACGACUGCCACGGCGUCUGCUCCCAAUCAGCCAACAGUCGAACAGCAAUUGAAGCGUUCGGAGCUCAAGACGGAGAUCGAGGACAUACUCGCGAGCGAUUGCCUGUAUUGUAGCCUGUUUAUUGAAACCAUCGAUCAGCCGUUCGUUGACGAUUGGGAACAGGUGAAUGUCGAGUGGGAGUAGUUCGUGGCAGUCUGACGAAAAUCUACAUCUACUACACAUAUGGAUUGUAAAUAUAAAUUAUUUAUUAAUAAACCUACAAAUCACAACAUUA